CAUCAUUAAUGCCCAUACGUAACGAUAGAAGCCAAACAUACCUGUCAUAUUUUGGCGCAGCUUUUUGGUCGCUCCCGGGGUAUCUCACACGCUUGGCUAGCCAUUUGACAGCACCUCGAGGUGUAUUAGGUGCCCACCCAGCUGCGCAGCAUCAAGGCAACCCCAGGGGGCUCGCAGCAGAGGCGCCAGCUGCUGCUCGGCGGGAAGGGCCUUCGGCCAAACUGGCAAAAAUGGGCCGCGACGACGAAGACUAUCCCGAUGAGGUCGAGGAGCGCCUCACUAACGAGGAGUACAAGAUCUGGAAGAAGAACACCCCUUUUCUUUAUGAUCUUGUUGUGACGCACGCGCUGGAGUGGCCCUCGCUGACGGUACAAUGGCUGCCAGACAAGGAGAUCACGGCGGGCAAGGACUACUCGAAGCAGAAGCUCAUCCUGGGCACGCACACCUCGGACAACGAGCAGAAUUACCUGAUGAUCGCCGAGGUGCAGCUGCCGCUGGAGGAGAGCGAGCUGGACGGGCGCGGCUUCGAUGACGAGCGCAACGAGGUGGGCGGCUUCGGCGGCGCGCACGGCAAGGUCCACGUGAUCCAGCAGAUCAACCACGACGGCGAGGUCAACCGCGCGCGGCACAUGCCGCAAGACAAGUUCAUCAUCGCCACGAAAACCGUGUCGGCGGACGUGUACGUGUUCGACUACUCCAAGCACCCCUCCAAGCCCAGCGCCGACGGCCUGUGCCGGCCCAAUCUAGUGCUGACGGGGCACAAGACCGAGGGCUACGGCCUGGCCUGGUCGCCCUACAUGCCCGGACACCUGCUGUCCGGCUCGGACGACGCGCAGAUCUGCCUGUGGGACAUCCAGGCCGCGCCCAAGAACGUCAACAAGCUGGCGGCGCGGACGAUAUACCAGGAGCACCAAGGCGUCGUUGAGGACGUGGCUUGGCACUGCCACCACGCGGACAUCUUCGGCAGUGUGGGCGACGACAAGCAGCUCAUCCUGUGGGACGUGCGCCGCCCGCCCAGCCAAGGCGUCAUGAUUGCCGCCGAGGCGCACUCGGCCGAGGUGAACUGCAUCGCCUUCAACCCGCUCAACCCCAACAUCCUGGCCACCGGCUCUGCCGACAAGACGGUGGCGCUGCACGACUGGCGCAACCUGAGCCAGCGGCUGCACGUGUUCGAGGGCCACGCCGACGAGGUGUUCCAGAUCGGCUGGAGUCCCAAGAACGAGACGGUGCUGGCCUCGUGCGGCGCCGACCGCCGCGUCAUGGUGUGGGACCUGUCGCGCAUCGGCGACGAGCAGACGCCUGAGGACGCCGAGGACGGGCCGCCUGAGCUUCUGUUCAUCCACGGCGGCCACACGUCCAAGAUCUCGGACCUGGCCUGGAACGGCAACGACGACUGGGUGGUGGCGUCCGUGGCGGAGGACAACAUACUGCAGAUCUGGCAGAUGGCGUCAAACAUCUACGAGGAGCAGGACGGCAUGAUGGCGUGAGCAGGAGCAGGAGGGCUCCGUCGGGUGGUGUGGAGAUGCGAAAGGGAGAGGGGCAGGGGUGCCCCUAGGGAGGGGUGUACAAGGGGGAGUUAAGGCUUGGGCGGAUUGCCUGCCUUGGGGCGUGAGGACGGAUGUCCAUGCAGAGGGAUAGCCGGGACAGCAGGAGUCCCGGCUCUGCAACAAUGCGUACAUGUGGAGGGGGACGGCAUUCCGAAUGUGCGUUUAAGUGUCACUGAUACGACGGCAAGCGGAGGUGUGAACUGGAGGAUGACGGCGGCGUUACUGGGCGAGUCGGAGCCGAGGGAUCUGAUAUGCCGUGCGUCGCGGUAAUGGUGUCCGUAUGGAUGGGAGGCAUGGGUGCACAUGCACCAUGAGUCAUUGGUGUGCGGACGGAAUGCGGAGGCGCCAGGAUUGCGUGGCAAGGGGAGUCGCUGUGCAGCGCCAAUGCGCGAGUGCAGCUGCAGGAGUUGUGUGAACUGUGUGUUCACGUAUGACGGGUACAAACUGGGCUUGUGACAAGCCAUGAGCUAGGGCGUUCGCCUCGUGUAACUCGAGGACGCG